CUGGGUGCAGAGUUCACCGUUGUCCUGCGGUACCUUCCCAGCCCUGCUGGCGACCCGCGGCCCUGGCCCUUGAGACCUUGAGAUGGACGAGCCUCCGUCAAGCCCUGGAAAAGACCCGCUGAGAGAGGGUGCCUCCAGCAUGGCGGCGGCCGAGGUGCCCGGCUACCUCGUGUCCCCGCAGACGGAGAAGCACCGGCGAGCCCGCAACUGGACGGACGCCGAGAUGCGCGGCCUCAUGCUCGUCUGGGAGGAGUUCUUCGACGAGCUGAAGCAGACCAAGCGCAACGCCAAGGUGUACGAGAAGAUGGCCAGCAAGCUGCUGGAGAUGACGGGGGAGCGCCGGCUGGGCGAGGAGAUCAAGAUCAAGAUCACCAACAUGACCUUCCAGUACAGGAAAUUAAAAUGCAUGACAGAUAGCGAGUCCGUCCCGCCCGACUGGCCCUAUUACCUAGCCAUUGAUAGGAUUCUGGCCAAGGUCCCCGAGUCCUGUGAUGGCAAACUGCCGGACAGCCAGCAGCCGGGGCCCUCCACGUCCCAGACCGAGGCGUCCCUGUCGCCGUCUGCUAAAUCCACCCCUCUGUACUUACCGUAUAACCAGUGCUCCUACGAAGGCCGCUUCCAGGAUGAUCGCUCCGACACCUCCUCCAGCUUACUGUCCCUUAAGUUCAGGUCGGACGCGCGGCCCGGGAAGAAGCGCAAGGUGCAGAACUGCCACCUGCGGAAGAAGAAGCUGCGGCUGCUGGAGGCCAUGCUGGAGGAGCAGCGCCGGCUGAGCCGCGCCGUGGAGGACGCGUGCCAGGAGGUGCGCCGCGUGCUGGACCGCCAGAACCUGCUGCAGGUGCAGGGCCUGCAGCUGCAGGAGCGCAUGAUGAGCCUGCUGGAGAAGAUGAUCGCCAAGUCCGGCGUCUAGGCCGCCCGGCCCGCGGGGAGCGCCCCGGGGCCGCCCCUGGCUCGGACGGACACGCGGGCCGGCGCCCCCGGGGUCACCCCGGGCCGGCCCCCUGGUGAGAACCUCCCGGAGGCUGUCCUCCCGUGCAGUCACCGUCGGUGGCCCUUGAAACGGCUUUGGGUAUUACACGUGAGGGCUCGUUCCUGCCGGAAGUCAUUUCCACAGCUCGCAGGGAGCACGCCAGGCCGGUCGACCGCAGAACAAGCAAACGGAAGCGGCUUAGUGGCGGCUUGGUGCCCGGGACGGAAACUCUGGAAGGGGCGACGGCUGUCCCCGCGCUCUCGGGGUCUGCUGCCCACCUCCUAGGAUGAGCUCCGACGGCGGAGCCGACCCCAGACGGCCGCUGCAUCCCUCUCCCCCGGGGCGUCAGGCCUCCCCCGUGAGGACGCCGGCGAAGCGACGACGGCUGUCCGCGUGCACCACGCCGCCCGGUUUUCCAGGCCCAGGGAUGUCGUGCUGACGGGGCAGAGCCCGGGCCUCAGGCACUCGCGCUCCAGCCGGGGAGGCAAACGAGUGAAGACGGGAAGGACGGGAUAGCGGGUUGUGGUCAGCGCUGGGCGGGAAAGGCUGGCCCCGAGCGUGAGGAGCGGUGGCGCCCCAACCGCCAGCGGGAGCGACCAGAUUCCAGGAGCCCCGGACAGGGCGACUGGGCCGCAGAGGCACGGGGGGCUUUCGCGUGCCGUGCUGGCUGUGGUGCUCCGGGUCCGGACCCGCGGUGCAGGGACGAGCUCGUGGUGGCGGGGUCCAGAGCUGCAACGCAGAGCUCACCUCCCCUGCCUCUGCCCUUUCACCAGCAGGAAAACCUGUCCGGACGCUUCUCUGCUGAAUUGCUCCUAAGUCUUGUUGGCUCCUUGGGCUUUUGGUCCCUGGCUGCACAGGGUGCCGGGCACAGGACCGUCUGGUUCACCCCUGGGACCAGCCUGUCGCUGCCCACACAACAGGGCUCUGAGGAGACAUGGCAGGUGGGUUAGGGCCAGUGCCGUGGUUUCCCUUACGGUCGAGAAAAGCUCUUUCUGGCCGCUCCUGGGCAGACGGGUGGGGGUGGGGGCCGAAAGCAGAGGUCCUGCCAGGAGGCUGUCACCAUGAUUUUGGUGUGACAGUGACCAGCUUAUCUGAAGUCAGCCGCCCGUGGCCGCCCGCGAGGUGCAGAGGCCAGCCCUCGGCCUGGCUGCGGUGAGGGAGACGCUGGGUGUUCUGUGGAGCCCAGAGGGCAGAGCCAGACUGGCAGGACGCCCCCUGCUCAGCCGCCUCGGGGACCUCCCCGGAGUGCGCGUGCCGUGGACUCAAACCAUAUUGCUUUGGUACUGAAGGCAGCGGUCUGGCGAACGUUCACAGGCGGCUCUGCUGAAGCUCAGACUUGCCAAUUCGCACGGCGUCUGCGUUCCCGCCAAGGCCGGUUCGGCUACCGGCGUGACGUCGCUGGACCCACGUGGGAGAGAUCCGCACAGAACGGGCCCCGGCACCCCGCGGCAGAGGAGAACCUGGGGGGGUCUCGUGCCGAAGACCUGAGUGGGGGGCAUGGCCACAGGAACCCACCAGUCUCUGAGACGAGAUCCUGCCGCGAGAACUCAGCUGUUUCGCAAACACCGAGGACAGAACCCCGUCAGAGCGGCCGUGCCAGAGGGGCGCCCGAGGUGGCCACAAAGUUAGGCGGGAGGUCCCUCCCCUUACACGCCUUUGCUUUGCUGGCACCGUGGUUGUGGCGUGUUAGCGUGUGGGUAACUGCGGGGCAGCAGGCGCAGUUCUGCAUUUGUGUUUAGAGAUAAUUUGCACUUUUUCCCAGCUCCCUCUCUGAGUGGGGGGUCAGUGCUGUUUCUGUGUCUUGCCGAGUGGGCACUGCCCACCUGUCCCGUGGGCUGGAGCGGAAUCCGGACGGUCAGCGGAACUCAGCUGUAGGACCGCCUGGGCCGCGCCCUUCCUGGACAGCGUGUCCUCGGCGAGUUUCUGAUUUGUUCUGUAGUUACCGGUCCAUGAAGGGGGGGAAAGUGGCCAUAUCGGUAAACGCUAAGCUAUUUGAUAAGAUUCAGCGAAACAACGUGUUAACACUGAAAACAAGUCAGGAACCAGAUGCGCGUGCUUGCUUUCACUGUUAUUAGUUAGCGUUGACGUUGACAGCUGAUGCAUUAAGACAAAUGGGCAGGAUGAGAGAUGAAACGAAGAAAUGAAAAUCGCCUUAUUUUCAGGUGAGAUCUUUGUAUGCCCAGAAAGCCAAACAUACAGAUCAAGAGCUCUGUAAACUACCCUGGCCCUGUGGCAUCCGAGACUGGAGCAUUCCAUGCACGGUCAUGACUGAGAACUAGAGGGAAUCUGUGAGUGAGUUUAACCAGAAAGGUGCAGGAUCGGCUGGAAGAAAACUGAGGUUUAUUGUGAAAUCUGAAAUGGUUCCUGAGCAUGUGGGGAAACGGCACACUCCUACAAGUUCCGGAAUAAAGUGUCAUCACUUUGUUAGUAUAAUUCCAACUAUAUUUUCAAUAACGUUGUGGUUUUCUCUUUGUUUUGAAAUGGAAGAAAAUAGUUUUGAGUUCAUAUGAAAACCGGGAGGGGCAAAGGGCCUGAGGCCAAAGACUGUGAGGAGGCCUCAUGUAGCGCCAGGUAAUGCAGAAUAAAACCGGAGUGAGCCUUCCAUUAGUGGUCGAAGCUGGAAAAACGUGGGGACGUGGAAACUCACACCCUGGCAGGGGCAGUGGGAACUGGCACAAGUGCUCGGGAGCAGCUGGGCCUCACCCCGCACAGCUGAGGCCACGCAGGCCUGCCGCGGCCCCAGCGCUCUCGGGGGCCCUCCACGCACGCCAGUGAUUGAAGGCCUCAGAGCUUCUGUCCGCGUGCCUUCUAACCGCCAGCAUUAACACCCCAUAGAUGACCUUAUUAGACAUCAGACCUGAGACUUAAAAGAUCUUAGUCCUUUCAAAAUAACAAUAAACCCCAUGACAUGCUAACAUAAAAAACAAUCACGGGAAAAAUGUAUUUUCCAAAACAAAAGGUUUUAGCGAGAAGAGUGGCGUUGUGUCACAUACCCUCAAAUAUCCGGCCUGAGAGAAGCCAGCUCCACACUCAGUCUGCUGCGGGAUGCGGCUCGGCUGUAAGUGUGCGAGUGUCUGUGCAAAAUCCAGGGUCACACGGAUAGGUGUUUGAAAAAGCAAGAGAUCUUCUUUUUUUUUUUUUAAGUUUAUUUAUUUUGAGAGAGAGAGAGAGCAUGAGUAGAGGAGGGGCGGAGAGAGAGGGAGAGAGAGAAUCGCAAGCAGGCCCUGCGCUGUCCGCACAGAGCCCGAUGCGGGGCUCGAACCCACAAACCGUGAGAUCAUGACCUGAGCCGAAACCAAAAGUCAGACGCUCAACUGGCUGAGCCCCCCAGGCGACCAAUAAAAACGACGGAUCUUCUAAUAUCGUGUAUGGAUCACGUGGACAUUCUUUCCCGGCAGGACCCCCACAGGCUUGUUGAGACGUGGAAUCAGCCUACCACGAGCCGGCAGAGCUGUGUCGCAGCAGCAGCCAUCCGUCCGUCUCGCGCUUUGGCGGAUCGUCAUUCGCCGUGCUUCUGGAACACCGUGCGUUAGGCGUUUGGAAAAUACUGGUUCACCGAGUUAUGCCCAUCUUCCUCGCCGACCCAGUGCAUUAAACGUCCUCGAAAACUCACUUUUGUCACUGGCGGGGUCGCGCUCAUAGCGAAGCCUUUCCUGUGGGACGUUAAGCUCAUGGUGGUGGAUGCAAGUCUUUCUGGCCUUGGUGUGCAAGCUAGACGUUUCCAUCGGUCACCAUGUGAGUUGGUUUCCUUUUGAAGGGACAGCUCCCUUUGCUCAUUUCCAAGAGAAUGUCUGCCAGGUGCCCACGUCCUUUUUUCUCUCAAGCGAAAGUUGAGUUCCAGUGAGAAAUGUUUUCAGCUAUAUUUCAGCUGGCAGCUGGAACAUUCCGCAGGUGCUUCUCCCAGACGUCGACACAGGGGUGGACAGGAGUGUGUCACACGUACUAUCCGUGUGUCACAAGGAAUAUUAAAAGGAUCCAGAUUUAAUAAAAUUGAGUAAUUUGUUACUGC